AUCCCAUUUCACCAACACAAAGGAGGUCAAGUCACGAUUGUAACUGAUGCAUCUCGGUGUCGUCCACAAGCAUAUAUCUAUCGCCACAACUUGCAUCAUCGUCCUACAGGAUUUGGUGCACAAGGGCCAAAUGAAGUCCGAAUGAUUGCAGCGAUGAUCUCUACCAUGAUCUCCAAGGAAGAUGGCGAUGGCAAGAUCUUCAGGGAGCCCCCUCAUUUGGUUCUGGACAACUUCUUCUUGGGGUGCAAGUCAUGCUCGGUAGAUUGGCAUAAUACCAGCAUCUUUGGAUUGGGGUUUCUAGACUUGACGUCCCUCGCAUCCAAGGAAGGAGUCAAAUGGAAUAUGCCAUCUGACAAUGCAAAGAUGGCAAACAUGAAGUACAUUGAGGCAAUAAGUGGACCAGAAUAG